GUCACUCCCUGCGCCCCAGAGAAGAAUGAGACCUCUGAAAUGAGAGAAAAAUGGCAAACAAAUUUCUGGAAGAAUAAAAGUGCAUCAUUUGGCUGUGUCCCCCCUCUUGAUCACACUGUCAUCGUAGCUGUUAGUGGUAGAAUGAGGUGAGAGGCAAGAGCUGUGCUGUGGAGAGACCUGUAUGCACACGUUUUCCUUAUACCUUUCUUCCACAGCUCACUUCAAGAAGCUCAUAGGUUAGAAAUUGCUGGCUUGCAAGAACAUUUCCAGAAGUUACUGGAGCUUGAGAGAACAGCUGCAGAAGAAAAACUGGAGGGACUACAGAAAGAAUAUAGGCUUCUGAAGAAUGCAUUCAAAGUAUACCAGGUAAAGGUGUUCUCUGUCCUGCAGUCCUCUUCGAAAGCGGAUGACACUCAAUUCCGUAUUUUGCUUAAUGGCAAUGCAGUGAAUGAAUAGACUGAAUAGAUAUGAAUAGAAUGAAUAGAUAGUGAAUGAAUAAGUGGGAAGACUUGGGCACAGAAGACUUGUUUUGGUUCCACUGCAAUCUGGGAGAGGGAUACAUACCCUUUUGAACAACACAGCAGAACUUGUCUUAUGGAGACAGUGGUAGGAUGUCAUGAAGCUGGUAGUUUGACGUUUAACAGUUUUCCUUCGCUUCUGCAGAGGAGUAAUAGAAGUUCAGAGACUCUUCUGUGAAGACAACUGCUUCUUCUGCUGUUGCUCCUAAGAACAGUCUUAUCAAAAGUUUUCCAAACUGUGAAUGGCAAGAGCUAUGUCAAGGGGUAUAUUUGUAGCUUAGUGUGGGAGAUUCUGAGGUCUCUUGGUCUGUAUGCAUGAGUGUUUUAUUUCAGUUUUGUUCUGUUCAUGUGUAGAACACCAUUGCUGAUGAGAUGGAAGAGAAGUGGCUUAGAAGAGAGGCAGACUGGAAAAAAAGUGAGAGGAUUGAGUGGGAGAAAGCACGGUUACAGCAAAAGCAGAUGCUGACAAAUAAAUAUGAGAAAGAACUUCAGGAAUUAUCAAAGCAUCUUCAAGAUAGAAAUGCUAAAAUGGAGAAAUCUUUCCAGCAAGAGAAAGAGGUAUUUAUGAAACAGCAUGAAGAAGACUUGGAGAAAAUAGCAGAGUUGCAGAAGUGCAGAGAGCAGCUGGAGGCUGGUAUCAGGGAGAAAGAAGUUAAACUUGAAGCUGCCAUGACCGGUCUGCAGGAUGCCCAGAAUGAACUUCAAAGAGAGAAAACAAAAAAUUUACUGCUGGAGAGAAGUAUCAAGCAGAGAAUUGCAGCAGUUGAAGAAAAACACCAGAUAACUGCAGCUUCUCUGCAUGAGGAAAACGUUAGCCUGAGACACAAACUAGUAGAAAAGAAUGAAGAAGUAUUCAGCAGAAGAGUCCAGGGAAGGAUUUAGGCUCCUAAAAUAAUUGUAGUGAAGACCGAAUCUGUUCAGUGAAGUAAGUCAACCAUCACCUACAUCGGCAUCACUGCUAAUGCUGAAAUCCGUAAUGCCAUUUUAACAGAACAAACAUUUCAUUAAAAAAAAUAAAAACGGUGAAAAAUUGGAGCCUAACAAAGCUUUACUUUCUACUCAGAGCUUGUAUCAUCCCCAGUUCUUAGUGCAUACUCAUCAUAGGAUGUACUACAAAAAUGUUUUUGAGGAGUUGUCACUUACCUAGCAAACUCCUCUUUGGUU